ACUCGUGUUCUGUGACGCACUUUUGUGUGCGCCUGAUAUUAAAAAAAAAAAGAUGGCGGAUCACUCGGUUGAGAUCACCGAGGGCUGUCGACUUCCCGUGCUGCGAAAAAAUCAAGUAAAUGAAGACGAAUGGCCUUUGGCUGAAAUUCUCAGUGUCAAAGACAUCCUUGGGAAAAAGCUUUACUAUGUCCACUAUAUUGACUUCAAUAAGCGUCUGGACGAGUGGGUUACUCCAGACCGGCUGGAUAUUAAGAAGCUCCAAUUUCCCAAGAAGGAGGCAAAGACUCCCAUGAAGGAUGGCCUGCCUGGGUCUCGGCCGAGCUCCCCGGAGAGAGACGUGAAAAGGAAAGCAGAGUCAGUCUCUUUGGCAACACAAGUGACCGCAGUGACUCCAGUGCCUUCACUUCCUAGUUCUGCGGAGGCGAGUCAGGCCUCUGUCUAUCCAGCAAUGAGAGAUUCCUCUUUCAGCAUUAAAUCCAGAGAUGAGCAUGAACCACUCGCCUCUCUCACUACAAAUGGCACAACCUCCAUCCAGCGUCAUCUUAUUCCUCCUCAGCCUGGGAGAAAAAGAAAAAGUUGUGGAGGGACAGACGAGAUGGUAAAGAUGUUCCAGAAUAACAGCCCUCGCUGCUCCACCAUCUAUUUGCUGCCAGGAGAGGACUCUCAGGACAGUUCAGAUGGAAUCCCUUCUGCCCCACGCAUGACUGGUAGUUUGGUGUCAGACCGCAGUCAUGAUGACAUUGUGACACGAAUGAAGAACAUAGACUGUAUUGAGCUGGGCCGGCACAGACUGAAGCCUUGGUACUUCUCUCCAUACCCACAGGAGCUCACCUCUCUGCUCAUUCUCUACCUCUGUGAAUUCUGUCUCAAAUACCUCAAGAGUCUCAAAUGUCUUCAAAGACACCUGACGAAAUGCAACCUUCGGCAUCCACCAGGAAAUGAGAUCUACCGCAAAGGAACCAUCUCCUUUUUCGAAAUAGAUGGAAGAAAAAACAAGGCAUAUUCCCAAAAUUUGUGUUUAUUGGCCAAAUGCUUCCUGGACCAUAAGACCCUUUACUACGACACAGACCCUUUCCUCUUCUAUGUUAUGACGGAGUAUGACUCUAAGGGUUUCCAUAUAGUGGGCUACUUCUCAAAGGAGAAGGAAUCAACAGAAGACUAUAAUGUGGCCUGUAUCCUGACCUUACCACCUUAUCAGAGAAGAGGCUAUGGCAAAUUACUAAUUGAGUUCAGUUAUGAGCUCUCAAAGGUGGAAGGAAAGACAGGCACCCCAGAGAAACCUCUGUCUGAUUUGGGCCUGCUCUCCUACCGUUCAUACUGGUCCCAGACCAUUCUGGAGAUACUCAUGGACCUCAAAUCAGAGAAUGGAGAGCGGCCACAGAUCACCAUCAAUGAAAUUAGUGAGAUCACAAGUGUCAAGAAAGAGGAUGUGAUAUCAACUCUUCAAUACCUCAACCUCAUCAAUUAUUAUAAGGGUCAGUAUAUCCUCACCUUGUCUGAGGACAUAGUGGAAGGUCACGAGCGUGCCAUGCAGAAACGCCACCUCCGCAUUGAUCCCAAAUGCUUGCAUUUCACUCCUAAAGACUGGAGCAAGAGGGGCAAGUGGUGAAGUUCAGAGGAGGGCUGCUAGCUCACAGCUACAGAGAGGAAUUAAAACCAACAUAAAUACUGUAAAUAGUCUUGUAUUUAUGUACUUUUAUGGUUUUUAUAUCAAGCACUUGUUCGCAAAUAUUUUGAGCCAUUUCAAAAAUGUAACUGAAUGUGAUGUGUAAAUAAACAAAACAGCCUGUUUGUACUGUU